AUGGGCUUCAUAGCUGCAGACAUUUUUGAGUUUCAGGGUUGGGGGGAUGGCCUUGUGUGUAAAUUGGUUAUCUACGUGCACAGGUUGAUGAGGUCCCUCUCCAUCUGUACCACCUGCCUGCUGAGUGUUCUCCAGGCCAUCACCCUAAGCCCCAGAAACUCUUGUUUGGAAAAACUUAAAUAUAAAUCCUCACAAUACCCAUGUUGCUUUGUGUUUCUGUGGAUCUUCAAUUUGAUCCUGAAUACUCGUUUCUUAGUCUCCAUUGGGGCCACCCCCAAUGUAACCUCACACAGUCUCAUGUUUGUCACUGAAUCCUGCUCUCAGUGGCCUAUUAGUUACUUGUUCGGGUACGUAUUUUUGUCAUUGGUGAGUAUUCAGGAUAUCUCCUCUAUAGUGGUGAUGGUUCUCUCAAGUGGAUACAUGGUGAGCCUGUUGUGCAGGCAUAAGAGGCAGUUCCAGCAACUUCAUAGCACUAAUCUUUGUCCAAAAGCAUCCCCAGAAGAGGCCACUCGGAGCAUCCUGCUGCUAAUGGGUUUCUUUAUGCUCAUGUACUUUUUGGAUUGUGUUACUUUCUUAACCCUUGCAAUACUGUGGAAAAAUGACCCAAUUAAUAUUUGUGUGCAGAUGCUUGUGUGUAAUUGUUAUGCCACAGUCUGUCCUUUUGUGCUAAUGAGCACUGAAAAACGGAUGAUUGUAUGUUUAAAAUCCACGUGGAAAAGACUGUGA